GUAUUCACCUACACUGUUGAUUGUUAACAACUCGCUGGUCAGUCUGUGUUGUCGGUCCCACAGUACCAUAUUGAUGUAGCUCGAAUAUAUUCACGGUACUAUAUAUUUUAUAGUUUUAUGGUGUUAGUGGAGUGGUGAAGUGGUGAAGGGCUGAAGCCCAUUGUGAUAAAACUAAGAUGACUGUCACUUAUACGGGGCGCGUCCCCAACGGUAGUACUUUUGGAUGUUUUUGGAAAGUACUAGGAAUAUGGCGAGGAAGUGUAUACAAAUUAGUGUGGCGAGAACUCUUAGCAUAUUUGUUUUUAUAUUAUGUGAUAAAUUUUAUCUAUAGGUUUGCUUUAACAGAUUCUCAACAAAGAAUAUUUGAAAAAAUUCGGCUAUAUUUUGGUCAACAAAGUGAAACGAUACCAAUGUCUUUCGUAUUAGGAUUUUACGUAUCUUUAGUCGUAGGCAGAUGGUGGGAUCAAUACAAAUUGCUCCCAUGGCCUGAUACUCUUGCCUUGUUCCUGAAUGCGGGCAUUCCAGGUGCGAAUGAAAGACAAAGACUGAUGAGAAGAAAUAUAGUAAGAUAUGCUGUGUUAGCUUAUGUGAUUACAUUACAAAGGAUAUCACUGAGGGUAAAGAAGAGGUUCCCCACAUGGCAGCAUGUUGUCGAUUCAGGUUUGAUGAUGGAAAGCGAGAAGAAAAUCUUCGAAUUAAUGGAUCAGCGAACACCCAUGUCAAAAUAUUGGAUGCCGCUGGUCUGGGCUACAAAUAUAAUAAACCGUGCACGGAAAGAAUCAAUCAUAACUAGUGAUCACAUAGUACAAACCUUAUUGAUGGAGUUAUCGGAUAUGAGGAGGCGGUUAGGAGCUUUGAUAGGAUAUGAUACAGUUAACGUUCCACUUGUGUAUUCACAGGUAGUUUCUUUGGCCCUAUAUGUAUAUUUUAUAGCAGCUCUCUUAGGCAGACAAUUUGUUCCUUAUGCGGAGAAAUCGGUGACUGGAAAAUACGAACAUGUUGAUAUGUAUUUUCCGUUUUUCACUUCAAUACAAUUUUGUUUCUACAUAGGCUGGUUGAAAGUUGCCGAAGUAUUAAUUAACCCAUUCGGAGAAGACGACGAUGACAUCGAACUAAAUUGGCUAAUUGAUAGACAUAUCAAGGCCUCGUACAUGAUAGUCGAUGAAAUGCACGAAGAACAUCCAGAAUUAUUGAAAGAUCAAUACUGGGAAGAUAUAGUACCAAAAGAGCUGCCUUAUACAGUAGCGUCAGAGCAUUACCGAAGAGAAGAACCCAAAGGCUCUGCAGAACAUUACAAAAUUAAAGCUCAAGAUGCAGUAUACGCUAAUCUAAUCACUCCAAAGAAAUCUCUAAUUCCAGAAGAUAUGUAUGCAGAUUACGAAAGUGUUGACACUCCAAUAGUAGAAAGAAGAAAAAGCAACUGGUUUUCUAGGCAGAUUUCCAGAACUGGCAUGGGGUCCAUUCGAUCAGCUUCAACCACAUAUUCCUCGGGAGGUCUUUUUGGUAGACAUAGGGGUUAUUCUAUAGAUAUUAAUCCUGAAAAUGGUCAACUGCCAGGUAUCCAACCACAGAAAAUGUCUAUAUAUGAUCGGCUAGUAGGAAGAAAAUCUACAAGAGCCAGAAACUUGAAACCGCUAAGAACAACAGGAUUGCCAGUCAAAAAUAGACCGAGAAUUCCAACACCAGAUGUAACAAGGGAAGUUAUAGAUAAAGAAAACAAAAUGUCUGAAGUUCAAAAUCAAAUGUCUGCUGCUGGACUUACUUUAAUGUCACAGCAAUUACCAACGGGUUAUCCUUCGUAUCCAACAGUAGAUGUACCGGUCGUACAGGUUGUCCUUUCACCAAUUCAGGAACUAGAUGGCACAGGUUCAGUGAACAAUACGUUGCACGCUAAUCAACCUGGCACUACUGCACUUGCACAAGCUGUAUUAUCUCCAGGGCUAGGCCCGGUUUUAACGACACCAGUAAGUGUACCUAUGACUGUUUCACAGCUGACUUCGUUGGGAUUAGCAUCGAAUAACAAUAGUCCAUUGCUUGCAAGAACAUUUGAUCACCAGUUUAGAAACCCAGCUUUUAUUCAGGCUUUCGAACAACCUAAAUCCUCAACGUUGUCCCAGCAACCCAUAACUUUAACUGAAGUACAUACUGAAGAAGAAGCUCAAACCGUCAACAGAAGUUCAAACGAUUCUCCUGCUUCAGAUGCUUCACACACAUCAAAAGGCUCAUUAGCUUCCAACACAACAGCAUCAGUUACAUCAAAAAAAUCUUUGGAGUUACCAUCUGGAGAAACUGAGACCGACACAGUAGCUUUAAGCAAUUUCGAUGGUGUCCCUAAUUUGUCAACACCUAUAGCUUUGAGAAAAACUGAUAAUAAUAGUAAUACCAGUUCCAAAGAUGAGGGAACUUUAAAUUCAAGUGCAUCGGCUCCCAAUUCUCUUGUAUCACUUGGUGCCGGUAUUAAUUCAGAUAGAUUAAGAAAAAUAUCAUCUCAGAGUGUUGUAGAAAACUCUUCUAAAAAGAGAGAAGUGUACGUAUGAUGAUAUACACAAAGUUAGUGAACUUUUCAAUUAUAAAGGUGCUGUUUCAAAAACUAGAUUACUAGUGUGAAAAUAGUUGUUAAAUUCAUCUACAAAAUUUUUAAUAGUCUUUAUUAUAACAUUUUUAACAGAUAUUCGAAUUGUUUCAUGCGGCCAUGAAAUAAAGUGCCACAUUUUUUGUAAAUAGUUUCGGCAUAAAAAGUGAAUUGUAAACAAUAAAAAAUGUACAUGUUUUAUGUAUAUCAAUUGGGACCUACCUUUCUUUCGUCCCAGUUUGUUUCUAUCAAAUUAUUAUUUAUAUCCUUUUUCUAGAGAUAUAUCUGGUAAUAAUAAAAACUGGGUUUCAUUUAAAAGUUUACAUGUUUUUGAACUGAAAUUCCAUGAAUAUAAAUAAAAAGAUUAAAUAUA